UUGUUGAAGACUGUAUUGACCUAUAGCUGCUAAAAUCCGCUUCCCUUGGAGUUGGAUAGUUGUCUCAUUGGCAAUCAUAACACAUCUCCUUAUUUCAUAUUGUUUUGGAAUUAUCUACCAUUUUUAGUACUUUUUUAAGAAGUAAAUGUCAUGUCCAGGGCGAUCGACAUUACGGAGGACGAAAUGAAAGAUGAAUCAACUGUCUUGUAAUGUAUAAUUAUAUUCAAUGUCCUCAUGCAUGAAUGAUGGUAUCAAACAAACUUUUUGAAUAUUAUAAUUUUUACGCCUUGAUUCUUGAAAUAUUGGUCCGAUAAAUUUGUGGAAACAAAAAAGAACCUGAAAUAAAGAUAUUGGGGUGCAAUUUAAAGCAUACAAAUUAAAUCAAGAUCAAAUAUUGAAAUCCUUAAUUAUGAAUUUAAUCUGACUAUGUUGAACCAUUUGCAUUCUUGCUAAAUGAAGAAAAGUCUUAAACAGCACCCAUUGAUAGUAGCUGUAACAGCCCUUAGAUGUUUUAAAGUCCUUUAUAUUCUGCAAGUUAUGGUUUCAAGUGUUUUAAUUUUUAUGAUGUAGAACAUUGCAUACCAUCUGUUUAAUUAAAGUAACUCUUCACAGUCUUGCAAUGCGUGAAAAUCCAUAGAAGGCCCAUUCAUGAUAUGACAUAAAACCCGAUCUCCAAAUGGAAAGAAGCAUGCUCUCAUUCAAAACCUUAUUAUAAUAUAAAAAUAAGGAGAUGCGGUAUGAUUGCCAAUGAGACGUACAACUAUCCACCAAAGUUCAUAUGAAGUGGAUGUAAGUAAUUAUAGGCAACCGUACGGCCUCUAACAAUGAGAAAAACCCAUACCGUAUAGCAGGCUUUAAAAGAUUCCGACAUGAAAAAUAUGAAACAAUUCAAUUGAAAAACUAACGGCCUAAUUCAUAACAAAAUAAUUUACGAAAAACAUAUACGUAUGACAGACAUGAAACAACGACAACCACUGAACUACAGGCUCCUGACUUGGGACAGGCACAUACAGAAUGUGCCAGGGUUCAACAUGUUUGAGGGCGCCAACCUUCCUUUAACAUGGGACAGUGGUGUAACAGUACAACAUAGGAACAAACGAUAAAAAUCAGUUGAAAAGAGCUUCUCUCAUCAGAUUGAUACAAAGUAGAAAAACAUUUAACAAAAACCCAGACCGGACAUGGCAGGGUAUUUAUACAUCCAUCAUAACACAAAAGACACAAAGUACAGAUCUGAGAGUACUAGCAGUUACUGACUAUUUAAGACAGUUUUUGGUGAAAACAAUGUGUAUUAAGUAUGGACGUUUUGAUAUUUGAAGACUGUAAAAGGUAGAUUGUACAUCUAGCGACGCUAUAAAUUGUAUUACCAAGCAACCAGGAAGGAAUCGAUACGAUGACGAUCUUGCAAGCCAUUCAUAAGGAUAUGGGCUUAAAAUAUAACAAGCGGAAUAUAACAAUCAAAGAAUUUGAAGUUUAUACUUCGGUAAAUUAAGAUUUUUGUAGUUAAAAAAACAUUAUUUUUAACAACAAUAUCAAUAUCAACCCGCACUCUCCACAAUCCUAUUUAUUGUAAUCAUAGGGCUAAAAUUGUUUUUCAAUGUUCAAGUUUGUGCAUACAAGGGUUGUUCAUGCAGUUUUUAAUUAUGCAUUCAGUAUUCACUCAGUACUUGUCUUUACUAUCGUAGUCUUAUCCCAGUCUUAAACCAUACGUACAAGACACCGUUUUCAUCUAAGCACCUUCUGUUUACAAAGCAUUUUACUUUUAAAGGGCUUAAAUCCGAAUACAUACAGAGAAAACAGAUUAAUUUCAGGAGACAUCUUUUAAAAUUAAACAAAUUCCUUUGUUUAACCAUUUGCGCUUUGUUAUGUAUUUUGAAUAUGAAUGGAGUAAACUUUAAAUAUACAUUAUCCAAAUAACCAAAAUCAAACCAAAAGUAUAUCUACAGGUUAGCGAAAUAAACACUUACUGUCUUUAUGAAUUCGAUGCAUCCGAAGCGCUGAUCUGGAAUUACCUUCAUCAGUAAAGCUCAAAGCUGAACAUUUAAAUUAUAGUCUAUCAACUUUGAAUGAGGAAGUUAACAUUUUGUUUUAAAUCAGGAACACAUGUUUUUAAAAUUUAUCCAGCUCUACAUUUUUCAGAGACACGUUCUUGACAUAUGUAGUAGCCUCUGUGACUAAAAUUGCACUUUCGUAUACAGAAACUUAAACGUGUAGUUUAAAUAAAAUAUGCAUGAACGCUAGCAGUGAAUUAUGACACUGAUUUUGGCGCAAUUAAUAAAAUGCCAAAUCGAAAUCAAUUUUCAUUUCAGACCGAAGAUAGAAGUAGCAUUAUUACCAGUGUACCAAUACUGGUGUGUUAUGGCAUACUUCUCUGUCAUUUUGUGUAUCGUGCAGUUGUCAGUUUAAAGACAUGUAAAAAAUCUGGACAUAAUGGAGUUAGUUUAACAUCUAAAAAUUUUCAAUAGCAAAGUGCUUAUUUGUUCAAAGACAUUUUUAUAAAUCUGUUUAUCAGCUAAAAUUAAUUUGUGUAUAAAAAUUAUUCAUCUCACUGUUUCUAUAAAAACUUUAAAAGAGAAAGAUACUGAAGGGAUAUUUAAACUCAUAAGACGAAAACAAUGUCAUGGCAAAAAAAAAAAAGAAAAACGACCAAAAGACAAACAGCAGUACACGAAACACAACAAAGAGAAACUAAAGACUGUGAAACACGAACCCCACCAACACCGGGGUGAUCUCAGGUACUCCAGGAAUGGACAUGUGGCACCCGUCACGUUGCUCAUGUAUGUACAAAUACGGUGAUAAGUGAUUAUUUGGUAGGUCACAUUAGUGGAAAAAAGAACGGAAUUGUAGUUACGAAAAUUGGAACAUAUUUGUCGUCAUCUGUGAAACCGAUAUUCCAUAACGGUUCACCAACUAUGGCCUCCGUAAAAUUAACUAACUUAGCUUAAGAUUUUGAUACCGAAAUGUUGUCAAUUAGUGAUACUAAGUAAGUGGUUUUCCUCGAUUAUACAAAUAUCGCAACCCCACUAAGAAAGAAAUGAUCCGAGGAGCAAGAAAAAAUUCAUAUGGAGGUAAUGAUAACUUCGGUCUGUAAUGCAAACGUCCAUUGUUCAUAACGUUCAAUAACUGACAUAUACUGAUUUAUUCAUUAAUGUUUGGAAAACAUUAAAUACCUUUUUAUUUAAAUGCUUAUAAAACAAAACUCGUUAAGGUACCAGGCUUAUAAUUAAGUACGCCAGACACGCGUUUCGUCUACAAAAGACUCAGCAGUGACGCUGGAAUAAAAAAAAGUCAGUUAGCCAAAUAAAGUACGGAGUUGAAGAGCGUUGAGGGCCGAACACUUCAAAAGUUUUUCCAAAUAAAGCUAAGGUAAUCUAUUCCUAUAUGAUAGAUAUGUUUUGUUCAUUUCAAUUUACUGUUAUUGGUUUACAAUUUACAAUUUUUUAAAUAAAACAAUAAUUACAUACUUUAAUAAAUUUGUACAUGUGAACCUUUAAAUCCGUUGUCAGUGCAUUCUUAUCAUUAUUGCUUCUGCAUGAUGCGUCUUUAGCAACCUGUGACACAGCUUGUCAGUUUUAGUUACGAAAGGACAUAUGUAAAAUGGUUGUUAAAAAGCAACGGUGAAAAUGCUCCAAUUGGAAUUGGUAAUGUUCAAGAAACUAAUGUUGGAGCUUAUCAGAGGUUUGAAUCAUACAGAACUGGAAUGAUGAAAAGACUAAAUGAUAGUGCACCGCUAAGAACAUCUCCAAGAGUUAUUUUCACCUUUGUAGUAUCAACACUAAUACUGCUGCAGUUGAGCAUAACCUUAUGUCUCUUGUAUCAACCACUUCGAAGAUAUGCAGUGGUGUUGGUGAAUAACUUGAAUUCAACAGCUUUACUUGAUGGCAAUCUUUUUCUUCAAGUUACUGAUGUGAGUUUUUACACAUCAUUUGCCACUUCAACCUUUAUAAUGGCGCUGUAUAUUAUACUAAUAUAUAGAAGCUAUCAGAGGGAUUUGAGGAGGAUGUAUUCUGGAGAUUUCAGCUUUUUGCCAAAGAAAGUCAAAAGAACUGAUAAUAAGGAUUUUAUAGCGUCAAGUCUUCGAUAUUCAGGAACUCAAAUAGCAUAUAUGUUUUGGUGCUAUGUAAUAUUAUUUGUUGUCAUACUGCUGUUGUGUUACAUACUGGCAUAUCUCCUUAUUCUUCCAUUAAUGGAUAAAGUUUCAGAUCAAUUAUUAAUUGGUGUGAAAGCUAUAUUUCCGAUUGUUGCAGCUCAUUAUAUAUUUCAACUGUGUCAGACUUUCUUGGUGAAUCGGUACUUUUUACAAAACCAUACAGUGAUGAAAGAGACAUCUGAGGACUUGCAACGUGUUAUUGCACUGAAAAACAGAAAGCUAUUCAGUGUUUUGAUGUACUUCAUGUUUUUCUUUCAUGUAAUCAUCGGAUUUUUUACCUGCAUUCGAAGAAUAUUACUAGGUGGUGCUAUUGGUAUCCUUACUUUAGCACGUAUAGACAGAAGUCUAUUACCACGUGGAUAUGAACAUUUAGACAGUGGAUAUGCAACAUAUGUUGGUCUUAUAAUGUUAGAACUAUACCAUAGGAACCCUAUUUUGAUCGUGUUUUGUGAGGAAUUGCGUCAAACGCUAAUGGUCAAAGACAAAAGAAAGUUCAUAUCAUUAGAAAUACCUGGAAAUCAUGCAGGGUAUCAAAAUAGUAUAUCAGGCAGUGAAUUGAUCCAAAGACGGAAACGCAUCCAGAAUAUGUGGUUCAAAGCUUUGACACUUAUAAAUAAUUCAUCUGUUAGAAGACACCAUGAUGGCAAGAUAAAACGUUUAGAUCUUUAUCCAGAUAGAACACAAGAUUUUACUAAAUGAAGCAUAUGUAGCUACUAUAAACUUAUUCAUAAUCGAAUAUUAUGAUGCACAAGUCAUUAAUAAUAAAUAUAU